AUGUUCAAGUAAUGUCUUAAUCUUAUGUUCUUGGCUCUUUCUGGCAUUCUCUCCUUGUUGGACAUAACUAGAAGGAAUAAGCUUGGCACAAAGUUUAAAAUUUUCAGAAUUCAUACCCAAAAAUGUGGAUAUAUUUCAAGAAUCGACAUGAAAUUUUGAUUUCAACUUGAACAAGCUUUGUUGUCAUGAGGUUGUGAGAAUCUACAAAUUGAUCGGUAUUCCCCAAAAACUUUAUUCUCUUUUGGACCGGUUUAGCUGAAGUUUAUCGAACAAAUCGCACUAAAAUGGCUUAAAAUAUAUAAUAUUAAUUUCGUAAUUUAUUUAAAUUAAAACCAAACACGUUUUACAAGAAAUAUUUGUUGUCAUGCGUGUUUGUGUUCUGAUUGAACUCUCAAAGAGAGACUGGUGUCUGUGUUGCUCUACUACAAAGCUGGACAUUCUAGGUGAAAAAACAUUUUUAGUCACAAAGAUAUAAUGUGAUGGCUGUUUUCCUACUUGCGAAUGACGGCUGAAUGCAUUUGUGAGUUGUUGUCUAAAAUUAAGAACAAAAAACUUUAGUCAAAGGGCAAAUUACCUUCUUAUAUAUGGCAUAAUUAGUGCUUCUUGAAUAUAUUAAAAAUAUCAAUUAUUAUAAAUAAGACAAGUCACAGUGUAGUGUGUGUCUCAAGAGUAGAAGUACAGUUUGUCCUGUCAUGGCUAAAGAGGUUGAGAGAGGGAAGCAUAUAUCUGUGUUGGUUGAACAAGCAUUUCCCACUUGUAUUUUGGUGUCUUAUGAAGAAGAAGGCAAGACAUUCAGGGGUGUUCUGUUACAUGAAUCAAGCCACACUGUGACCAGGUAAUGAUGGUACAAUGGUACACAAUAAUUGAAUGAUAUCAAGGCUCUUUAACUAGUCGGCUAAUCACAUACCACAACAACUUUCACGGUACAGGCUCAAAAUGCCUGUGUGUGACUGCUUUCAAUUAUUAGUGACCGAUUCGCUGUCUGAUGGAAGGAUGUCUACGGAAUUGCCUUGUAUGUGCCUUCUAAGGGACAUGGUAUAUCUAGAUAGUGUCUGCCAAUUUCCUACAGACGUACACUCAGUCUAGCUAGUUUUGUGUUGAUGUAUGUGUUAAUUAAUCAUCACCCCUUCCGUAGAUUCUAUAUUUUCUACAUGGCAAGUAAAGUUGAUAUCGAUUCUAUAAGCCGCAUAUAACAUUCCAUGCCAAAAUGUCAACUAAACUGUAUGGCUACAGACUUAAAGCACCACCUUAUCAGCAUAUAUUGCUCAUCCCAUAUGAACUAUCAAUUGUGUUGUUAAAUUUGAAAGGCCAGUUUUUUUUACAGGAAGCAGACAUUUUGGAUAAACAUGAAUUAUUUUGAUAUAUAAAACUAUAUCAAACUAUAUCAGCUUGUAGUAUCUACUGCAUAUAAUUGUUGAUUUCAAAUUUAACAACUAGCUGUAAAAUGAACCAUUUUGUAUUUAAAGUAGCUGUGCACGCCUGUCACAUUGCAGUGGCUCAGUUGAUAAUGAUGAGCAUGUACUAGUCUAUCAAUCUGUUUGCAAUAUUUUCAUAAUCCUUAUCAAUAUCUAGGCCACACUGUGUUCUUUGUAAUAUCUCGAUAUGUUUGACAGAAAGAUUUGUUAUACGAAUCAAUUAACCCAGUAUUAUAAACCCAUUAUAAGUCACUUUGUGCCCAAAUGCAUCUGACUUUACUAUUUUACUGUGUCUAAUGUAUGCCAGAUAUUUUACUCAUGGGUUAAUGUGCAAGACUCUUCCCUUGAUGUGUAUAAGAUUGUCUGGCUUUAGGCAGAGUGAAAUAAUAAAGUCGGGUGCAUUGUGGCACAAUGAAGAUUAAUGGGUUAAUACAAUAAAAAGUGAUGGUGAUGUUUGCAAGGGUUCAAUUAGUAUACACAAACAUGGUGUAUUAUUAUUCUGAUAAAAAUGUACUACACAUUAUAUUCAUCAACAAAUGGAUAACCAAUGGCAUAAUCUCAUCUGAUAGGAAUGUAGUUGUGAUCAGGUCAACAUCAAAGAAAAAUAACACAUAAUGAUGUUAACUAAACAUCCCUUGCAUCCCACUACCUUCCCAAUUUCUCCAACCCCCCCCCCUAACAUAUCUUCAUCUUUCCCACUUCCCUUCUUCAACUCUCCCCUGAGUACCCAGGCUGGCACACCUUCCCAAGACAAAUUUAACCCAUGAUUUAAUAGAUGAGCCAGCCUGGGUGAAGGUCAGUCAAGGCAGGCUUGCUUCCUAUAAACAGCCCUUCCCCCAUAGUUGUCAUUAUUUGCUCCAUUCCUCCCACGUCUUGAUGUUCCCCCUUCUUCUUAACCCCGUUUCCCAGUGCUACCCACUCCUUACUUUUCCUUCCCACCCUUUUUGACACCACUUUUCCUUGCUACCUUGCAUCUUCCCCCAACCUUAACCCACAUAUUUAAAAAGGCAAGAUUGAUCCCCAAUGUAGCAUCAUUCUUGCCCUUGUCAAUCUGUCAUUGCUUGUAAGUGCUAAGAUUACUUCAUGUGUAAUUCCUUACUUAUACAGGCUGACAGCAGCUCGGGCUGUUACCUGCGAGUCGAAUGAACCACCUAUCACUGCAUCUCGAGUUAGUACCCGCAGCUCAAAAAUGAUGUCAGAGGAUCAAGGUGCCACACCUAAUCUCGUCACCCCAGUGAACAAAAUUCGAGGCCUGGUAAAAACGCUCGCUCCACGCAAACGACAAACCACAAAAACAGAGGACAGCCCUAACCCUACCACAGAAGAACCCACAGAGUCUCAAAAGUCACCUCAACAAAAAAUGACCUUGAUGAAAUCAUUGAAAAGAAAAAGGACAAAUUCAAAUUCAAACACGUCGCCCAAGAAAGUGAAAAACGAAGAGGGAGCUUCAGAAGAUCCAAAGUUAUCUCGUAACUUAUCCCAGCUUGUCCCUGUCGUGAAGCUGACAAGAACAGCUGGGACAGUGAACAAUUAUGUGGCAUUCCUUGCUGAGAAGAACGGCAAGGUAGAUAAAGAAACUGAUGUAAAAUCAAACAAUCAAAGUCUCGACAGCACUUCUCAUAAGCACAAUACUCGAUACAAGGGUAAAAAGCGAACUAGUCAUGAUUCUAACGACAACAGGAAGACGCCAGAUGUACAAAAUGAUCAGGACAUGUCUUUACCAAACGGCGAACCCCUAGUCGAAGUGUACACAAAACGACCAAGCACACCCACAAGCAUGCUUGAUGGAAACCCUAAAGGCAAACAUUGGAACGUCAACAAGGCUUAUGCUAAACGAGGGGUACAACCCAGGAAUCACAACCAAGAAAUGAGGGUUGGAGACAUUGUGUGGGGUAAGGUCCACGGUCAUCCUUGGUGGCCCGGGCGUAUCCUAGGUAUCCUAUGUCAAGCAACCGAGAGCGAUGCUGGCUUUGUUAAAGUGGCUUGGUACGGUUCAACAACAACCUCAGAUAUCUCGUGUAGCUUUUUAUUAACAUUUGAGGAGAAUUUCAAGCAGCUGUUCAAGAAACAAAAACAUGGAGCAUACAGACGUGCAGUGCGCGAGGCACAACAGGACAUACAGGUUAUGUCUGGAGAUGGACAGGUUUUACAAGUUUAGAGGACAGGUUUUACAAGCUUAGACUUAAUGGAACAGCUGUUGCCUGCUUUGAACACGCGGUGUUAAUUUCACAUACUGUACAGUGAUCUUUCGAACGUUGGAGUUUUAGCCUUUUUAGGCAUCUGUGAGGGGCGAACCAUUACAAAAGUGAAGGGGGAGGAGUAGGGAAUGAACGCCAUGUAUGGCAGAAAUUUAAACCCUCCCCCAUGCUUUUCUAAUGGUUUGUCCCAAAGUCAUUUCUCGUCAUGCUUAGCAUAUAUUCUCCUAGCUAAACAUAGAAAUCAUAUCCAAGCAUAUUUAAUUUCAGCACUUUUGCAUGUGACGUCAUAAUUACCAAAUGCUAACCCAAAAUUUGUUAAACUUGCCAAAGCCAGGGCCACUUGUCACAGUAGGGACCUCAAUGUUAAAGCUAGGGAAUAAAUGCUAUUCAAAGUGGUAUUGUGUAUAAAGCAGCUAUUCUGAAAAGAUGAAUUUCGCGACAUGUACUUUUAUCAAUUUCUUUACAAAGUGUUAGAUAUCAUUACAGUUAGUACCACUUUAAAUUAAUAAUACACCCUUCCGGAAAGCGCUUACAGCCUUGCCUAUAGAGCCUCAUUUUCGGGAUUGAGGUAUCUGCUUCAGGCCUUUCUUGUUACCGAUAAUUUAAUUAUAUAAAAGUCUUUUCUAUUAUCGAAUCGGAAUAUAACUAUAUGAUUUCGUGAAUAUGUCCAUCUUAACAAGAUAAAGGACUAUAAACGCAAUAUCUCAAUCACGAAAACGAGUCUCUAUAGCCAAGGCUACGCUUGUAAAAAGUUCUAACCGUUGAUUGUAAAUUAUAUCGCAGUUAAUUAUUUAUUAUUAAAAUUAAAAUUCAGUGAUCAAUUUGUUUUAAAUUUUCUCCACUUUGUAAUUUUCCAAUGCUGUAAAGGCUUGUUGUAAAUUUUCUCAACGAUUUUGCAUACAUGUUCUAGGAAACUCACAACUUGCUACAGGCUACGUUCACAUGGUACCUGCCAAAUUCAGAAUCCUACCAAAACUUGCUUCUACCGCUUUAAUAUUCGCUCACACGAGGCUGUCAGUCCCUGGGACGCCAAGUGAAAAUUUCAUCGUAUGAUACAUGUAAAGUUUCGGUAUUGUUCCGAAUUCGCAAGUUACCGUGUAAGUGCGGCAUGCAAGUGCACCUAAAUUUAAAGAAAACGUCAUGAACAGCCAGAACAGGUUCUUAACAAAUUUUGAAGUAAUACCAAAUCAUAAACUGGAAUAAAUUAACGAUGCCAAACCAUAAUACUGGAAUAAAUUAUUACUUAUUGAGAUUAAAGCAUACCGGAAAUUUUCUACUCUACGAAUUCGCCAUAAGUGAUUAAUUUUGAAGGCGCGAUACAGUAUUUGUUCUAUUUUUUAUAGAAGAUCGUGCGCAUUGCGUAAUAAAGACGCAAUGUUUCUUCUGUACUCUCAUCCAGUUGGCUAGCCAAUGAAUGAGCAUCAUGCCAUGAUACAGCUAUACAGUUACAUACAUUACAAAUUAUACCAAGUGUUGAACACUUCGCGAAAUAUUAAGAGUGCAAAUUUAGGACAAAUUUAAGACAAAAUGUAUGAAAUAAUCAAAUAAUUGGAGGCGAUCGUCACUUUUGAAGCCCCCCUCCAGUUCCCACCUCCCCUAGUUCCGCCAUUGAUGACAUCAUCAUCUUUACAACUAUUCACAAUUAUCUGUUACCUCUGAUGUGUUCCCGAAUGAGGAACAAAUUAUUUCUGAAAAUUAAUUGAGUACCCUCCAGAAUUCGGAUCUUGUUGUAGGUUAAAGUUAUCUGUCGAGAGACCAAAUGGACGAAGUACCAUGUUACCAAGGUCUUUUAAUUUACCU